AUGGCGAGCAGUCUACAAGUGUCCUCUGCAAAAGCAGACAAAGAGACGCUCGCCGCCAUUCAUCCCAACCAACACCCAGACAGUGCCUUGGACCACGAGUCAACCAAGUCUACUCCACUGCUCCUGACCGAGACAUCUGAGCACCACUUGAGUGCCUUUCCCACCGCCGAUGAUAGCUGGGCCGAUGCCGACCCCUUGCUACGUGAUGCCUUGGAUAUUUACGGCUACGAGAUUCUGCCAACGACUGGCUCGACACGCUUGCCCCCAAAGAACAGCCAGCAUGGACCAUCGCCCAUCAACGCUGCUGAAGAAGAAGAAGACGUGCUUGUGAUUUUAGAUAGCGAUACAGACCAAGAAGAAACUCACGAACCGGCAACGGGGUCAGAGGCUACGAGCGACGAUGGACAUCAGGAAGCUGAGGAUGAUCAGAGUGACCAGACCGUAGAAGAGGAAGAGGAAGAUGACGAAGACCAUGCCGAGAGUGGCGAAGAUGGAGAGGAAUUUCACAGCGACAACACUGAUGACGAAGCAGACGAAGACAGGGAGGACGAGUCGGACUAUGAUACUGAUGACGAUCAGGAGGCGGUCAUUGAUGAUGCGAGCGACGAUGUGAUUGAGAUUAUUGACGACGACGAUGACGAGGCUAUCACAGCAGAAACAAAGGCAGAGGCCGAAUAUAGUAGCCAGAACAAGAUGAGCCCUGGUGACAAACAAGCGGCAACGGUGCAGGCGUCCCCUGAUGGCACCUCCAGCAAAAUCAUUUUGAUUAAUGAUAGUGCCAGUGAUGGCUCUGCGGACAAGGGCUUUGAUCCGGAUUCGGUUGAUUUGGACGGCGAAUAUGACCUGUUUGAUCCGCGAUACUCAAUACGGUUGAAAAAGCUGAUUGAACGCAACCGUCAAGAGCGCGAGGCCAACGAACGUGCACUCAACGCACAAGCCAGCUACAUGGACCAGGAUCUGGCUCGAGACGAGACGCGUUUCCAGGCCUUGUCACUUGCAUCGGUGCAAGCAUUGCCAUCGCUCCCACCUGAAGCUGAUCAGCUGCGCGCCGAUGCACUCUGCCUUCACGGUUUGACGUGGCUCAAUGAUGUGUGCAUCAAUGGCAUGUACAGCCUGAUCCACCGCCGAUCUCAGGAAUCAGAGUCUCUUCCCAAUGUCUGGGUCUUUUCGUCGUUCUUCUACACGACGAUGGCUGACCCACAUAAGGGGUAUGCUUCAGUACGGCGAUGGACCCGCAAGGCCUCCGUGCGGCCUGGCGCGGCUCCAGAUGUAUUUGCCUUUGACAAGAUCCUUGUGCCCAUUCACGUCUCUGGAAAUCACUGGUGCUGUGGAUGCAUUGACUUUCAGAAGAAGCGCAUUGAGUACUACGAUUCUUUCCAUUCUGGAGCGGGCCUGUUUCAUGAGCGCAUGCGGAGUUGGAUGCAGCAGGAAUCGCGAAACAAGCGUGGAUGUGACUUUGAUUUUGCUGGCUGGACCAACUUUGUCGCCCGCGAUUGCCCAUCUCAGGUGCGACAUACGCCACCUCAUGACACGCAUUCAGCCCCUCCACCCUCUUUGGCCCUGCUCACAAAGGCCCUGGCUGAUGGGAAACAGGAAAAUACUUCUGAUUGCGGCAUGUUUGCCAUCCAAUUUGCUGAGCACCUCAGCCGCAAUGCCCCCUUUUCUUUUUCCCAGAGUGAUAUGCCCUACUUUCGGCGCCGCGUCUGUUAUGAGCUCUCCAUGGGGCGCCUUCUGAACCAGAAAUAA